AUGGGUCAAGUUACUUUUCAACAAAUCUUCAAAGCAUUCGCCGUUUUCUUUCUCGGAUACACAGUAUAUUCGACGGAAAGAGCUAUUCGAAAUAAACAGGCGCGGCACCAGUUCCGGCGAUCAGCGACAACAAAUCAAAGCCCUUUUGCCAGUAAAAUUCAGGAAGCUUCAAAAUCGAGCCAUCCAGACUACCAAAAAGUCUAUAUUCUCAAAAUCGAGCCCGCUGAAGUCGUUUUUCCACAAGACGCAGAGGAGCGCCAACAAUAUGAAGAAACAUUCAGCAAGUCUAAUUACACCAAGUAUCAGUUCCCGGACUACGUGAAUGUUCCACUAUCUGAACUCGGCGUUGUUUAUUACAACGGAAUUCCUUUCUAUCGACAAGGAGUUCAAACUGCUCCGCAAUACGACAUUUCCCUCGCCGGGCCAAACACUCGAUCAAGUAUCAAGGACGAAAAGUGCCCCGGAAAACCAAAAGCUGCUAAAAAGGAGCCAGCUGAAGAGCCGGAAGAAUCAGUAAUGCAAUUUGAUGUUGGGGUGAAUUGGGAGCCAGAGGAGCCAGAAGAGAAGCCAGAAAAAGAAGAAAAGGAAGAGGUUCACCAAAUCGGCUGCUGCAAUGGAAUGCCUUACAACACCAACAAACGAUGCUGCUGCAGACGAGCGAGCUUUAACAAGGACGAGAAAUUCUGCUGCGCGAUUAAUGGCUGCGGGGAUUUUAAAAUUAUGAAAAAAUCCGAAGCCAACUACGACAUGUGCAAUUCUUUAUCCGGAGUCGUCGUGCAGGAAUAUGGCUACCACAAGAUGGCGGGAGCGAGAGAUAUGGGAUUCAUGAAGAACAACUAA